GUAAAAGGACGACGAAAGACUUGAGCGUCUUUGUUCUUGUGGUUAGGAUUCAACUUUUUAUACAGGCUUUUUUUUUAUUCAUUUUAUUGAUCACUUCAUGUUGUCCUCUGUGGACAAACUAUCCAAUUAACAAUCUGUUUGAAUUGACUCUUUCUCAACUUCAGGACAUUUUUUUUGUUUAACAUUUAAGAGUUGAUUAUAAGUACCUUAAUGCGUGAACCUUUUUUUCUUUUUUUCCUUAAUCAUUACAAAUACAAAGUUAUUACUGUCUUUCCCUGCAUGUUGAGAUGUCAUCUUGAGAUUUCACUUUCCAUGAUCAUCCCUUGUUUUGGUUCCAUUAGUUUAACUGAUCGAAUUAAAGGUUAUUUGAUGUUUUUAAUUUGUUUCUGGGUAUCUUUUACUGAUGGUUGCCUCUGAAUUACCAAUACGGUUUGUGUAUAAUUAUUUUCAUGUAUCUUAAAUGUGGUAUUCCACAAGGAUUAAAACCCUGAAUCGCUAGAUCACUGAAUCGAUGAAACACUUGCCGGCUGCUUCCAUUAGAUGGCACCAAGGUCACUUAUUUCUGUUGGAAGUUGUCAAUGUUGAGUUUUGCAUUUAAUCUAAACAUUGAUCCAAACUGCUUUUUCUACCCUAUUCCAUGACGUUGAAGAGGUGGUGGUCUUGAUGGAAUUGCUCAGUUCAAUAAAAGUAAUUCAGUUGGAAAUAACUUGUGUCCUACAUGAACUUAUUUUAUAAUUUUAGUUUCCUGAAAAUGCAGGGAGAAAAAAAAGACUGAUGGCUUAACCACACAGGAAAUUGAUGAGCACACUUGCAAGAUACUUCCUUAUGUUGAUGCACUUCUGAAGUGACAUUGCAAAGUUAUGCCAGUGCAGUUGACUCCAUGACAUGAGCCUGUGAACAUUUGUGUUGGUAAGAAGAAAUGCAAUGUCGAUUCGGAGACCAAGGAAAGUACGGAUGGGUUCAUCCCGUCGACAUCUAGACAGGACUUCAUUAUUGGCGCAUGAUGUGACCCCAGAAACCCAAACAGACCCUCUCUCCAUUACGGCGGUAGACAUGGAAUCCGUUAAUUCAGAACAUGGAAACCAACUUGAUUUCAAGGAACCCAUUUCUGAAACAAGCGAGGGCUUGGCAUUUGCAAGUGAAAAAUGUGGAAGCUUGAUCAAUCCACCAACCACGUUUGAGAUUGACGCACACUCUAACCAGUUCCGGAGUGUUUCACCAAAACCAUCUCGACCUCAAAACGAGUUCAUGUCUGGAAACAGAAAUGAGAAUGCAGGCAUGAGUUGGACAAAUGACUUAACCCGAGAACAGUGUAGAGAAUUCAGUGCAAAUAUAAAAGAGUCCCAAAUGGGGAUGUUGCCUUACGAAAGCUGCGAAAAAACAACGCUGCAAAUAUCAAAACCAGGGGAUGACACUCACAAAGUCAGUCAGCAUCCAAGGCUCAACAGCUCUCUGUAUUCAUCUCCUUGUCAGCCACUCACAGGCGACCUGUCUAAUAGUACUAAGCAAUCAUCAGACAGUAUUAUACAUAAGGAAGAAGUUGAAAGGGAAUUUAGAAAAGAGGAUUCCAAUAAUUUGGCGGUCUCCUUAACAGGAACUAUUGCUGAAGGUCAGGAAUACUUAUUGCAGGUUGAAGGUAUUUGUGGUGAUGUGCCAUCUCUAAUGAAAGAGCACGAGGUGAGCAAUGACGUGAACCCAUUGUUAAAACAGUCUGAACAUCCAACACAAUCUGUGGUGUGUCCAUUACUCAUUGAAGUACCCAACCAAAAAGAAGAGGCUGAACAAGAGCAGAUUACUUAUACCACAACCGAUUCACAUGAUUCUACAGGCAAUUCUGUAAUAGUUGUUGAAAGCCAGCCCCUUCUAACCAUGCAAUACACUUUAAACCCCAGCACCAACCAGGAAAUUACCAUACAAGAUAAUCUAGAAAACACAAAAUGUGAUCACAUAUUUGAUAUGAGUGAGCUAGGUCACAACCUGAAAGAAAAAUCCUUCAGCCAAGUAUGUGACUCUGAACAGAACAGUGAUGGUACAGCCUUAGAUGCUUCUGGUUUAGAUAACGAUGUCAAACAGACUGAGGUGGCAUCCAACCAAGAGCAGGACAGGGAUUUAGAUACGAAAUCCUCCAGGAAGAAGAGAAGGAUGGGUUCCAGUCGCAGGAUUGGUAAUCAGGGCGAAGGCGGAGGUGGAGAUCACUCAGGAGAAAUAGUAGAAUCAGACUUUUCUACAGAUCUUAACAAGACCAACAAGUAUUUUGAAACAGAGUUGAAAGUUGAGAUGAAAUGUGAUUCAGAGUCACUUGAGGGGGGAACACUUGGAACUUCCACAGACAAAGUCGAUUGUCUUUUGUCAAUAGCACCUCAAUCAGAGAUCAAGGAAAGGGGUAAUGAGGACAUAAUAGAUAGAGCACGAAAAAACAUAGAUACAGGGGGUCAUAUUCACUUGUCCGCAGAUAUUUUCCUAGGAGAUGUAGAUGAAAGAAAAGAGGUUGAAUCUGAAGGAAAAAGUGAAAUCGUAGAAAAGAUGGAAGUGAUUAAAAUCCCGCUGUCCAAAACAUUGGCAGAAGUAAACAACCAGGAAAUCACUGAAAGAUUGUCAAGUCCAUACCAUGAGGAAACCCUGUGCAGGGCAGCUAUUGAGCCACAGGAGAAAGACAUCAGCCCACCAGGUGCAGUAUUUGAUUUGAGUGAGCUAGAAAACGACGUAAAAGAAAAAACCGGCAGCCAAGAAUGUGAAUCUGAAGGCCACGUAAACAAUAAGCCAUGUGAAUUAAUUGAAGACACUGCACGAGAGGAAGCAGAAGGGCACCCUAUAAAAGUUGGGGCUCUGCAGUCAGAAUACUCCUCAGCUUCUGCCCAUGAUGAGUAUGAUCUCACAUUUCCGACUAGAAGUGGGACUAUAUCCUUCAACGAUGGAACAGUUGAUAACCCCACAAAACUACCAAUUACAGAAUUAAUGGAACCAGAGAAGAAUCAAAGUGCAAAUGAAAAAAAAUUCACUCUGGAUUCAAAAAUAGAAUUGAAACAUGGGUACAAUAAUGACUCCAAUAUAACAACUGAGUUUAACCCACAGUCGGAAGAUGUUGAGCCUAUUUCAAGCAAUGUCACACUAAGUGAUAGUCACAGUAUUGAUGACUUGGCCGUAGAGAGCUGUCUAUUGACUAACAUGAGAGAAAUACAUCCUUUGGCCACAGUUCCUCAACAUGUUCCCUCGUCUGGAGAGGAUCAAUGCUACUCAGUAGAAAUGUUUGCCCCCACUUCAUCACAACUACAGGACGAUGGUGAACAAGUUGGAGCGCAAACGAGCACAGGGUUAUCACAUUCAUUAGGAAUAACAGAACUGGGCUUAAUUAAGAGUUAUCAUGAAAAUGAAAACACAAACCCUGUAGAGAUGCCUGAGGUAGAGAAUGAUUUACCACAGAACAGUGAUGGUACAGCAGUAGAUGCUUCAGGUUUAGAUAACAAUGUCAAACAGACUGAGGUGGCAUCAAACCAAGAGCAGGACAGGGAUUUAGAUACGAAAUCCUCCAGGAAGAAGAGAAGGAUGGGUUCCAGUCGCAGGAUUGGUAAUCAGGGCAAAGUAGGAGGUGGAGAUCACUCAGGAGAAAUAGUAGAAUCAGACUUUUCUACGGAUCUUAACAAGACUGAUAAUGAUUUUGAAGCAGAGUUGAAAGUUGAGAUGAAAUGUGAUUCAGAGUCACUUGAGGGGGAAACACUUGGAACUUCCACAGACAAAGUCGAUUUUCUUUUGUUAAUAGCACCUCAAUCAGAGAUCAAGGAAAGGGGUACUGAGGAAAUAAUAGAAAUAGCACGCAAAGAAAUAUAUACAGGGGGUAAUAUUCACUUGCCCCCAGUAAUUUCCUAUCCCGAUGUAGAUAAAAGAAAAGAGGAUGAAAUUGUAGAAAAAAUGUCACAUCCAUACCAUGAGGAAGACCUGUGCAGGCCUGCUUCUGAUCCACAGGACAAAGACAUCAGGCCACCAGGUGUGGAUGUCCUCAUGCUUGUCCAGAACUCUUUGUCAAAAGAGAACGCUCCUCACAGCCUGGACAUUAACAGCUCAAUCCUCUUUGAUCCAGUUUCUGAUAUCAGGGAUAAUGAUGACAAGAUGGACACUGCAGGCCAACAUCAAACUGCACUUUCAUCAAAUGUAGAUCCUAUUAGUGGCCAUGGGAAUCAUGGGUCCCUCCGACAUGUUAAAGACGAUGACAACCAUAUUUUGAGGAGAAGAAAGAUGGGUUCAUCUCGAUGGACUAAAAGAAGUGCAACAGGGUCACAAGAAGGUUCAAAAAAAGCACAUACAACAGAGGACAAAGAGAUAAAAAAAGAUGCAGUGUUAUCAGAGACCAUUUCUGAAGGACCUGAGAAGGUUGUGACUACUGAGGAGGAACCAAACCAGAUAGGCAGUGAUACGCACCAGUCAAUGAGUGAAGCUCCAAAAAUGUUGAGGCGGAAGCUGGGCUCCAAUAAUAUGACCGGCAGAAUGACACCAAUACAAGAGAACUCAAAGGAGAAGAAGGAGGUUGAGAGUGAGGUCUCAGAAGAUAGGAAGAUAUUCAAAGAUGAGCUCAAAUUGAAAGUAAACAAAGAUAAUGAGACAGAGCAGAGUGGAGAGAGAAGUUCUGAGACCGAUGUAAAACCAGUGAACACAACCUUAAAUGCUCUCCCUAUCGAAUUAUCCAAUGACUUACACGUUGAGGGUAGAAGAAGGAAAUUAGGUUCUCAAAGGAAGUCAAGGGGACAGCACCGCCAUGACUAUCCACCUGAGAGUAAAGACCAUGGAGCCUUGAUCUUUGGAGAUCACCUGCCACCUACAGAACCACUAAGUCGGCAGAUAAGUGGUGAUGCAACCCUUACCUUUGAUACCUUGAAUAAGUGUGACCGCAGAGCCAACUGCUUCAAUGUGGUGAUGGUUGGGAGUAGCAAUGUUGGCAAGACCUCAUUCAUGAAAAGGAUUCAAAGCGGAUCGUAUUCUCAAGAUUUCAGUGCCUCGAUUGGCAUUGAUACGUGCAUUCAUGCAUUACCAGUGGAUGGGAGGGAAGUGAUGCUGCAGAUAUGGGAUACAGCAGGACAGGAACGGUUUCAUAGCAUCUCAAAACAGAUCUUCCAUAAAGGACAAGCGUUCCUGUUGAUGUAUGACAUCACUUCCUCCGUGAGUUUCACUGACGUCAGAUACUGGAUCAGCUGUAUACAGGAGAGUGCUGGAGAAGAGGUCAUAAUGUUGCUGCUUGGUAACAAAAGUGAUUGUGCAGGACGUGAGGUCACUCCAUCUGAGGGAAAACUCCUUGCUAAGGAAUAUAAUAUUGACUUCAAUGAGUGCAGUGUUGCCACAGGUGAACACAUUGUUUCCAGCAUUGAAUCCCUAGCAAGGAAACUGACUGAGAACUACCACAAAAUAGAGGAAGACGUUGUUUUACAACAACAACAACCGAAAAAGAGAUGCUGCUGAGGAAGCCAUGAUAAGCAUCGUGCUGUUGUGACAUGUAUAACCCUAUUUCUGGACUAUAGUUAGUCUAACAAGUAAUAUACAUUUAAUUGUAAUUUUUCCUCUUGUACAUGUUUAAAAUGACCUUAUGUGAGACAUGCAUUUAGCUCAAUAUGUUUUGUAUUUAAAUAAAUUUUACAUAAUCACUUUAAGGGAAAAUGAGGGAUGUUAGGGAGAACAUAAUUACAGUAUUAGGGUGGCAAGCACAAAGUGUGAAGGCAACCUAUUGUAAUUGUUAGUUUUAUUGGUCUCCUAUUAGCUUAAGUCCAAUACCAAAGUUGUUUAGAAUCAAAUUCUUAACAAGAUCGAGACCACAUAUUUUCAAUUAGGGCGUGGCAUCGAAAUGGGCAAGAAUGAUCCAUUCAGAAUCAUCCUAAGCCAUUUGACGUACGGUCAUGAAAUUUUGUUCGCCCAUCAACUGAUCCAAGCUGAGGCUAUUCCAGUGUUUUCAACCGUAUGCAAACAAAAACGGUCUUAAUUGUCUGUGUCAGGGUCUUAAUGGUCUGACAGGGUCUUAUUGGUCGGCUUUAGGCUUGGCACCCGUAAAACGCUACUUGCAGCUUUAUUUACCUUAAGGUCCUUCUCAGAUUGAGUUAUUUUUUGGCUUGCCAUUGCAAUUGGCUGCAAAUGAGUCAUUCAUACUGUUGUAGCCCAUAACCUGAGAAUGCAAUUCUAAAUCGUGCAAAUGGAGAAUGUAAUUGAGGAACAGUCUACAAUCUAGCGAAGUGUCCCAUUUCAUUUCCAUCGUGCAUGUUAACUGCUUCCCUUAAUAGAAAAAAGAAACUGACUUGAACUUCUCCUUUUGAGUUGUAACAAGGCAAGCUCUCAAGUAGAUGGCAGCAAUUUACAUUUAGGGCAUUUAGCUGACGCUAUUAUCCAAAGCGACUCACAAUAAGUACAUUUGUCAUAAGAAGUGAAACAAUAUAUCGCUGUCAGUACAGUAAAGAUGUUCAUAGAGCCAAGUGCAAGUACUAACAAUCGCUAGGCUAACCCAUUCCCUGUGUACAGCAAUGCUAGCAGCUACUGCAGAUGUUAUACAAUUAAGUACUAUGAAUAAGUGCAAUGUAGAUUAAGUGCGUACAAGCAAUGAGUUAAAUCACUAUCCAGUGUUGUGCUAGUUAAUCGGAGCCUCCCAGUUUGGAAUGCCGUACAUCAUUAGUCUUAUUCUAGUUAUUCUCUUGGAUUUACUUUUUUUGAAUCCUCUAUUUCCAACUUUAGGUUGAACCCGUGUCCAAGGUUUGGAUUGGUUUUUGACAUUAGUCCAUGAAUGUAGAAUGCUUCAUUAUAGCAGUUAUGACAAUGUAUGCAUGAAUGUAAUCCACUGCUGAUUCUAAAUAAAUAUGCAAAUGUUCCAGGGAAAAUUAUAUUGUACGGAUCAUUUAUUGGAAAUGAUCUCUAAUCAAUGUGAUAUCAGCUCUACCAGUCCCUGUUCAUACUGCUACAUGCCACAUGCCCCAAUACCAUGUUCUGAACGUUGCAGGCACGUGCAGAGGGGGGGGCUAUGGGUGCCCGAGCCCCUGCCCUUUCCCCUCGAAGGACCAAAGUGCCCUUUUGAGUGGUCGUUUAAAUUUUCAAUGCAUUGUAAAAUUACACAUUAACAUGUGAAUCAAUUAUUCGAGUAUAAAAAUGUCUAAAAGUAAUGAUACAGAAGUAAAGUUUGUACUUUGUAGCCUCGUUUACCGGCGCUCAGUGCGCUGCUGCCGCUGAGUGACGUCAUAAGGUGCGAACACACCAAGCGCGUUACUCGCGUACGACGCGUAUAAAAUUGGCAAUUUUUCCAUAGGGAACCAUUGGUUUACGCGCGUAUGAGACGCGUACACGCGUAAAGCAACAUUUUACUCGCGUUAAGGCGGCUGCAUGCUUCAGCGUUGGUGUUACGUUGUUGCGCAAAAUUUACUCAAAGCAAUUCAUGCUCCCUUUUAGGUUGCGCGUGUUGCCAAGCAAUUUACCGCCAGAACAGUAGGUGGAGUAAUAUGUGGAGUAAAGUUUUUCGUUGAAGACGACCUCGAGAAUGACGUCUUUGUCUGUGGGAGUCGUUGGUUUGUUUAUGUGCCAAAGUUUGAUGAUCUCCUUUCGCGAGUCAUCCGAUAUCUUCCCGACUCUCACCAAAACCGGCCCUUGUCAGGGAGCAGCUGGCAGAUUAUGUUUUGUCAGAUGCUGGCGUGUUUCCCCACCAGUAGCCUACAAUGUGCUACGAUUGGGUAUGCGCACUGACCAAUAAAUAUAUAUACAUUGGUCACUUGGAAGCAUGACUUUUGAUUCAUUAGUUAUCAUGUUACACAAGUUACCUAAUUUGGUUUACGUCAAACUCAUUAAUUCAUAUCCAUAUAACAGUUUAUACAACAGUAUACUGCCUUGACAGAUGAAUGAAUUAUUUAAGUGUAGGCCUAUAGCCUAGGGUGACCAGAUUUCAGUUUGUG